UCUAGUUCAAUUGAAAUAUAGAGUGCCAACCGUAAGCCGCGAUCACCUACAAUUACAAACCGAUUCCCAAACCGAUUUCUUUUUCUUAAGCCCCAAGACGUUCGCUACUUUUCAAGGUGAAGCCUUCUUUACUACUCGUAUCUGUUAGAUAUUCGUCCUCUUCAAGACUUCAACCCAACGAUUUCUUCGACUUCUUCAGUCUGAUCGUGUAAUGUCUGAGGUAGCGAUUGAGGUUCCCCUAAAGGGUGGGUUUUGCUUCGACCAAUGUAGAAGGAACGCCAUGCUCUCGGAGAAAGGUCUCAAGCCUCCGUCCUUCCUCAAGACCGGGACUACUAUUGUCGGUCUGAUUUUCCAAGAUGGUGUUAUUCUUGGAGCAGAUACAAGAGCCACAGCAGGGCCCAUUGUUGCUGAUAAGAAUUGUGAGAAAAUCCAUUUUAUGGCACCAAAUAUUUAUUGCUGUGGAGCAGGUACUGCUGCUGAUACAGAGGCAGUGACAGACAUGAUCAGUUCCCAGCUGCAGCUACACCGGUAUCAUACUGGUCGGGAAUCAAGGGUUGUAACAGCUCUUACCCUUUUGAAGUCUCAUCUUUUCAAUUACCAAGGUCAUGUCUCAGCUGCUUUGGUGCUUGGUGGAGUUGAUGUCACUGGACCACAUUUGCAUACUAUCUACCCUCAUGGAUCAACGGAUACUCUUCCAUUCGCUACGAUGGGCUCAGGUUCUCUUGCUGCAAUGUCAGUUUUUGAAACGAAAUACCGUGAAGGGCUAACUAAGGAUGAAGGAAUAAAAAUAGUAUGUGAGGCGAUUUGCUCUGGCAUAUUCAAUGACUUGGGAAGUGGAAGCAAUGUGGAUGUUUGUGUAAUAACCAAGGGGCACAAAGAGUAUCUGAGGAACCACCAGUUGCCAAAUCCGCGCACUUAUGUCAGUGAGAAAGGCUAUUCUUUCUCCAAGAAGACCGAGGUUCUAAUGACAAAGAUUACCCCCUUGAAGGAGCAGGUGGAAGUUAUUGAAGGUGGAGAUGCCAUGGAGGAAUAGUUUUCAGUUAUAUAUUUUUGUAAUUUCUCACUUUUAUGCCUUGAAUUUUAUCUCAUAUCCAACAUCAGGUGUAACCUUGGUUGAAGUUUCAAAGGUGUAAGAAGUUCACUGUUGAUUGAGAUUCUUGAAGCUGGAAAUUUUAAACUAGUUCUCUCCCAAUUCCACUGGAAGUUCACUCUUUCCAACAAAAACAUAAACCUUUUUAGUUUGCUUCACACCUCGGUAAUUGAGAUUCUUGAAGCUGGAAUUAUUGCUUUCAUAAUUGAUAUUUUUUAAUAGAUCAUUUUUAUUAUUUUUCA